UUUCCAUACUUGUACACACAAAUUGCUUUGGCAAAAAUAUGCCUUCGUCUUCUUCCCAGCAACUUGCAUUUCUGCUUUUCAUUUUAUAUGUCAAAUGCUUAUUUCUUUCCAUUGAAUCAAACACAAGCCUUGUUACAGACAAGGAAGCCUUGCUUUCAUUCAAGUCACAAAUAAAAACUUCGGGGUUUCCCAAUCCUCUUUCACAAUGGGACCCAAACUCAUCUCCAUGUAACUGGACUGGAGUUGUCUGCAACAAACACAACACCAGAGUGGUUGAACUCAACCUCUCUGGGUUUCAUCUUGAAGGCUUCAUAAGCCCUCAUGUUGGGAAUCUUUCGUUCCUUCGUUCCCUUCAACUUCAAGAUAAUCAGCUUUCGGGUGAACUGCCUGAUCAAAUGUGGAAUCUUUUUCGCUUAAGAGAUUUAAAUAUGAGCCAAAACAGCUUAUAUGGUGUGAUUCCAUCGAAUAUAAGCAAAUUAACUGAGCUCAGAUCUCUUGAUUUGAUGACGAAUAAGAUUACUGGAGCUGUUCCCGAAGAUCUUGACCAGCUUGUCCAGCUUCAAGUUUUGAACUUGGGACGAAACCUUUUCACAGGUACUAUUCCAGCUUCUAUAGCAAACAUUUCGUCACUCCAGACCUUGAAUUUGGGCACCAAUAAUCUUACUGGAGCAAUUCCCACUGAGUUGAGCCAUCUUCGAAAUUUGAAGGAACUUGACCUCACCAUUAAUCAUCUAACAGGGACUGUUCCUUCUACCAUCUACAACAUGUCUUCCCUAGUUGUUUUGGCCUUAGCUUCCAACCAUCUUCGGGGCAGGCUUCCCUAUGAUGUUGGGGUUACACUCCCUAAUCUUUUGGUUUUCAACUUUUGCUUCAAUGAAUUCACUGGUGGAAUCCCAGGCUCUUUGCACAAUCUCACCAAUAUAAAAAUCAUUCGCAUGGCACACAAUCUUCUUCAAGGGACAGUGCCACCGGGUUUGGGAAAUCUGCCGUUUCUAGAAAUGUAUAACAUUGGGUUUAAUAAGAUUGUUACCACAGGUGACGAUAGUCUUGAAUUCAUCAUCACUUCUUUGACAAACAGUUCUCGUCUAAAGUUUCUUGCUUUAGACGGUAAUCUUUUAGAGGGUGAAAUUCCAGAAUCCGUCGGCAACCUUUCCGAAGUGCUCUCGAAAUUGUACAUGGGAGGCAAUCGUAUUUCUGGCAACAUACCGCCGUCCAUUGCCCAACUUAGUGGCUUGACUUUGCUUAAUUUGAGUUACAAUUCCAUCUCUGGCGAAAUCCCACCCGAGAUGGGUAAAUUGGUGGAACUGCAAAUGCUGGGUUUGGCUGGAAAUCAGAUUUCUAGUCGGAUUCCAACCGGUCUUGGUGAUCUACGAAAGCUAAACCAAAUCGAUUUAUCUGGAAAUCAACUGGUGGGUCAAAUACCUUCUAGUUUUCAGAACUUUCAGAAACUGCUUUCCAUGGAUUUAUCCAACAACAGGCUCAAUGGAAGCAUCCCCAAAGAAAUUCUCAAUAUCCCUAGUUUGAGUACUGUGUUGAACUUUUCCAGGAAUUCUCUCAAUGGACCUUUACCAGAAGAAAUAGGGCUUCUGGAAACUGUUGUUGCAAUUGACCUGUCUAUGAACCAUCUCUCUGGUAAUAUUCCCAGCUCCAUUGAAGGUUGCAAGAGCUUGGAGAAAUUGUUCAUGGCUGAAAAUAUGCUAUCAGGCCCAAUUCCAGGAACGAUUGGGGAACUGAAAGGCUUGGAAACGUUAGAUCUCUCAUCAAACCAACUUUCAGGCUCCAUUCCCACGGAUCUUCAGAAACUACAAGUCCUUGAAUCAUUGAACCUCUCUUUCAAUGACUUGGAAGGAAGUUUACCUAGCGGUGGGAUUUUCAAGAAUCUUUCAAGCGUCCAUUUGGAAGGCAACAGAAAGCUUUGCUUGCCAUUGGCUUGUAAAAACACUCGUGGUCGCCAUGGAAGAUUAGUCAAGAUUUAUGUUAGUAUAGUUGUAAUUACGACUUUUGCUCUAUGUUUCAUCAUGGCUUCCUUGUUCCACAUAAAAAGGGGCAAACCAAAAGCCACAGGAACUUCUGAACAACUGAAGGAGCAACAUCAGAUGAUCUCUUACCAUGAGAUUCGCAGAGCAACAGAGAAUUUCAACCCUGGAAACUUGAUUGGAAAAGGGAGCUUUGGCUCAGUUUAUAAGGGGUACCUUAAUGGCGUUCACGUCGCAAUCAAGGUCCUUGAUGUAGCGAGAAUCGGAUCCUGGAAGAGCUUCCGAGCCGAAUGCGAAGCUCUGAGAAACGUAAGGCACCGCAAUCUCGUCAAGCUAAUCACUUCAUGCUCCAGUGUGGACAUAAAGAACGUGGAAUUCCUGGCCCUGGUGUAUGAGUUCCUCGCCAAUGGAAGCGUCCAAGACUGGCUUAAAGGAAACAAAAGGAAUGCAGAUGGGGAUGGGUUAAAUGUCAUGGAAAGAUUGAAUGUGGCCAUUGAUGUAGCUUCUGCAUUAGAUUAUUUGCACCAUGACUGUGAAGUUCCAGUGGUGCACUGUGAUUUAAAGCCCAGCAACAUUCUUUUGGACCAAGACAUGACUGCCAAGGUCGGAGAUUUUGGGUUGGCAAGGUUGCUGAUGGAGAAAUCAAACAGUCAACCUUCCAUUAGCUCCACGAAUGUCCUCAAGGGUUCUAUAGGUUACAUACCUCCAGAGUAUGGAUUUGGAAAGAAGCCAUCAACAGCAGGGGAUGUUUACAGCUAUGGAGUAAUGUUGCUUGAGUUAUUUACAGGAAAGAGUCCAACCCACGAGAGCUUUGUGGGAGAACUUAAUCUAAUUAAAUGGACACAAUCGGCUUUCCCUUCCGAAGUGCAGCAAAUUCUGGAUCCUGAACUGCUAUUGUUGCUGCAGAAUUUGCAGUAUGAUAGCCAACCGAUAAACCCAGAGACACACCAUGAUUGUUUAACAACAAUCAUUGGAGUGGGACUCUCUUGUACCUCGGUUUCUCCUGAUGGACGGAUCACCAUGAGAGACGCCCUUCGCAAGCUUAAAAUGGUGAAGAGCACUCUCACCAACCCUUCACCUCCCGCAAAAAACAGAGCAUGAAUCACAUAUAAAAAUCUGUAAAGGUCAAACCAUGCUUUCAUAUAUAAUAGUACUAAGCGAAGAUCAUGUUUGGAUCCAUUAUGGUGCUGCCAUUGCAGCUUGUAAACUAAUAUGCCACUGUAGUAAGUCAAUAAAAUGAGCCAAGGCUUGUGACCAUAACAAAA